CUGCGAGGCCCGUCGGGUGGUAGGCAUGGCCCGUGGAAAUCAACGAGAGCUGGCCUGCCAGAAGAAUAUGAAAAAAACCCAGGAAAUAAGCAAGGGAAAAAUUAAAGAGGAUAGCUUGACUACCUCUCAGAGAAAGCAAAGAGACUCUGAGAUCAUGCAGCAAAAGCAGAAGGCAGUUAAUGAGAAGAAGUCAAUGCAGACAAGAGAAAAAUGAUGACUGGCUCUUUGGAAGACCUGGGUGCUACUGCCAUUGAGGUGCAUCAUAAGCUCUAAGAUCAAGAUUUCUUAAA